UCCGGUUGUCUUCGGAGUUCGGAUUUAGAACGCUGGCGUUAAGGCGUUCGGAGGAAGCCGAUUGGCUAGGAUGCGAGGUGUCCGGUCUCUUCAAUGGACACAAGCGCCUCCGUCUUUGGAUCGAGCCAGCGAAUGAACGGGAUCGGCUCAAGGAAAGGCGACAGUGGCCGCGGAGCUCCGCAAAGAGCCCGCCCUGGAGGGUCUCCGGGAAGCGCGGGGCGAGCCCUGGCUGGCACAGGCAGGAGAGCGGCCUCCAGAACUACCUCCAGUCCCAGCGUGGAGGGAACCUCGCACCAUGGGUACGCCGGCCUCUAUAGUGUGUGACUUGCCACAGCAUCCGACCCCCAAAUCUUGUACUCGCAAGAGAGCGUCUGCCAACAUCUUUCAGGGGGUGGAUUUAUGGCAGCUGCGCCGCCUCUUCCACAGCAGUGGGGAUGCAAAAGCAGAAGAGCGAGCUCAGCUGAUCUGGCAAUGUGCAGAGAACCGGUGCAUUACUCAGGCUUUGCAACAACUCCACAGAAGGCAGAGGAAACGGAGGCUGCAGUCCCACCACAGGCCUCCUUCAGAAAAGGGCAGCGCCACCAGACUCCUAGAACUACAGCAUUUCAGUCGCUUAAGGAUCGAAGACCAUACUCCAUCUUGUGCUGAUAUUGAGAACAGCAGUAAUGGUAAGGAGAUAGAGGACACUGAUCAAACUGAUCAUUCCACUGUAUCCCAGCACAGGAAGAAGAGGGGAAUGGGAGCUGCAGACUACCUCCACCACCUCCACCGGUGAGCAACGUGGACCUCACACUAAGGCAUAUGAUUGUCAGUAUAUGGGGCAGGAGAAACCUGAAAUCACAGGGGACCUGACAACAGACACACUUCAGUUUCUUUAAUAACCUCCAGCUGGAAGAGAAUCUUUGGCACAAAUUAAUUCUACUGCUUCAGGUUCACUGUCAUAACAGAGAAACUUGAAUUCAGCCCUCUCAGCCUCAAGCACUUCUAGUUAUUCAGACUUGACCACAGCUUGCUGUCUUAAAGCACAAACACUACAUCUACUGACUGCAAAUAAUCAUGUGUAAUAAAGCUUAUAUAUAUAUAUA